AACCACUUCACAGUGCAGAUAAGAAAAAGAAAAAAAAAGUGGUCUGAUGUGCAACCAUGUGAAUGUUUAGUACGGAUAACAUUUCAGUGCAGGUGAAAUGUCUUUUUAACAUUUCUAACGUUGAAUCAAUACUUCACUGCUGCAGAUCUGCUGAUUUUAGAAGUUGGAUUGUUGAGCAGAAAGACAUCCUGGUAAAAAUACUGAUUUUUCAGAAGUUCAUAAAAAGAAAUGGGGUUUGAGGAUUACCUUAACGUGAUGAUUUGGAUGGACGUCCGCGUCUGUUUCCCCUUCACUCUGCUGGCCAUCGGUUUGUGUCGCAUGGUUCAGUUUGACAACAUUCCUGCCAUCUACUACACAAACCUCCUCGCUGCCAAUGCAGUGCAGCUCAUCACUCUGAUUGUUACUGUCGAAACAAAAGAUGGACGUUUUCCAAAUUCCACAAGUCUCAUAAUCUACGGCGGCGUUGCGAUGGUCAGUCUGUACCUCAGGAUGAUCAUCGCUCUGGAAAGGUGUUUCUUCGUCAUCCAGCUGUCCUUCAUCAGACAAACUAAAUAUUCUGUAUUAAUCUGUGUUUCGGUUUGGAUUAUCUGCAUGCUGCUUUUUCCUCUCCUGAUAUUUUUUCGCCAUAUUUCAGUCAUGUUUGUUUUUGCUCUCAUUCCUUCCAUCAUCUUCCUCUUGUGUCCAAUCGGGGCCUUCAUAUCUCUGCCUAGAGCCGCCUCAGUACCUGCUGAAGGAAAACGUAGAAUCAUUGCAACUUUUGUUCUGCUGCUGAUUAAUUACUCUGUAACAAUUGUCCCACCAGUUUGUUUCUUGACCUUUGAUCCAUAUUAUUAUUAUAUGUAUGCUGGCACACAGUUUUUUAUGACCUUGUUUCUGCUCAGUCCUUUCAUGGAUCUGUUUCUGUUCGUUUUCAUGCGUGAAGGACCCGUUGACAACCUGCUGGCCUGUCUCUGCUGCUGCAAGAUGGAAACACCUGCAGUGGAAGACGGCAGCAGAUUCUCUGUCUGACUGCAGCUCAGGCAGGCAGUUCAUAGGCAGGAAUAAAAGGAGAGAACAAGCAAAUCAGCAAAAAUAAUGUAACAGUAAUCAGUCUCUAACGAAUGAUGUAAACUCAUUUAUCAAUCUUUAGAUCAGCUGCAGAAUUUUAGCCCCAUCUAAAUGUAACACUGCCUGAUUAAAACAGUUUAGUAUAAAUAUAUUAAUCCAUUCAGAAUCAAAUAUGACCUUUUUCCAGCUUUUAUUUACAUCUGGAAAUGAAAGAGAUUUGAUCAAAAAGAGCAGUUGAAUUUUAUUGAAACAGUAAUAAAAAUAAUUUAUCAGCCAGUAAAAAUGCAAGUUAAAAAUAAAAUGUCUAAAUUACUCAGUAAUAAUUAGGGAACAUUUGAAGACAUGUCAACAUGAUUUUUAAAAAGUGAAUCAUGAAUGCAUGGAAAACUGGUUCAGUAAAGAACAAAUACAACAUCAAGUGGAUGUUUCAUCACAUUAAUGCUCAGUUAACUUGUAGGAGAGAGAAUCUGAAGUUUAAGCUCCAUUUUCUCUGCCCAGCUGAUCUUUUUGGUUUUGACUGAAGAUUAAACAGAAUCAAGAAACAACAUGGUCUUAAUUUUAAUAAGUAAUAAUCAGUCUGUGCAUCAGACUCUAUUUGUAGAAAAGUUGUUUUUGUUGCAUUAUAGGCGCAGCAGAGCUGCUAGAGUUUGAGCUCUAUUAUCUCUGUGAUUUGGAGCGUUACUGUAUGUGAUCCAGUCACCCUGCAGUCAAACACCUUCUGAAAGCACCUAAUCAGAAACUGAUGUUAUCGAUUUAAUCAGACUCACGUCAUUGUGGAGGAACUUUCACAUCGUGACUCUGAUGCUGCAGUCGAUUCAGGUUUGCAGAUAUUUGUUUUGCUCAUCAGGUCU